AUGAAAAACCAAUACGAACUGCCAGAGCAGGUGCGGUGGUACCAAACGCUGUGGGAAAUGCGGAAUCAUGAGUUUCGCACCACAUUUCUGACGACUAAACGCCGCCAUUGGCGUAUGUUUUGGAAGUAUGAAAGUCAUUUGGUCUACGAACGUGUCAUUAUGGGAUUCAUCGUGGCUUCAUGUAUGUUUUUUAUGUCCAAUUUGGAUUUGACCGCAGCUGUGUUCCGUCUACCAACAGAAGAUGUGAAUGAGUUGCUUAAGCAAGACGUCUGGAGGAAGUAUCGAAGUGAAAUCAAUGAGAGGAAGGAGCAUGCAAGCAAGAUGCUGGAGGAAUCUAGUUACAUUCAUAACAAAAACAAACCCUACUCGACGUAA